ACCGAUUUGAUUUGGCCAUUGCAAGUGCUCGGCUUGAAUUUCGGGUGGCCUUUCCAGCAUGGGCUCACAGAAGCCACGGAUUAUCCCAUGGUUAAUCAGCCAAAUUGGUAACCCAGCAUACCCGGGCCUGAUUUGGAUGAAUGAAGAAAAGACCAGGUUUCGUAUCCCUUGGAAACAUGGAUUGCGUCAGGACAGAUGUGAUGCUGAUGUCAAAAUAUUUGAGGGCUGGGCUAUUGUCAGUGGUUCCUAUGACCCCAGCAAGGAUCAGCCUAACCCAGCGGUGUGGAAAAGGAAUUUCCGCUCGGCACUGAAUCGCAAGGCUGGCAUCAAUGUGAUUGUAGACAAGAGCUCAGAGUCUGUUAACCCUCACAAGGUCUAUGAGAUCCAAAAAGGGAUCAGCGUGGAGGGUGAAGUUGCCUCUGAAGAGACUUAUAUGAAUGACAGCAUUAGCCCUUCUUCUGAUUUAUUCUCAAUAAACAGCCCCAGGAGCAACACAAGCAGCAAUAUGAAUGCAACCCUAUCAGAAGGCAUAAUGCAGCUACAGCUCUCUCAUACUGAAGAAGAUCUAUACUGUUCCCCUGAAGACAACCAAGCCAUGCCAUAUAGAGAUCGAUAUAACUCUCAGGAAAGCUGGUUCUCUGGCAUUUCCUCCCCGGAGAGGGUUGGAGAUGCUGAUACCCCUGCAUACAGUACAGCUCCUGUGCACAUGGGGGCACAUGCUGAAGCCUUACCGGCGGAGGUCGCCACAAAUCAAGGAAGUCCACUACAGCAACACAUCACUGAUCAUUUUUUCCAAGACAGGACAUUAAGGACAGAAUUCGAAGUGACUGUAUAUUACAGAGGAAUCGAAGUUAGUAAAACUCUGGUAAAAAACCCACACGGCUUCCGCAUUACAUCGAGAAAACACUCAUCACCAGGCAGCUACUUGGACGAUGUGGUUCUGCCAUCGCCAACAAUGAUUGCCGAUCAGGCUGUUGUGGGUGAAAUACACAAACUGUUGCGGAACUUAGAAGAAGGGGUCUUGGUCGAGGUGAGAGGAGGCUCCAUCUGUGGGAAGAGGCAAGGAAAGUGCAGGGCUUUUUGGAGCAUGACCGAGAUGCCUGAAAUCAGUCAACCCAACCAGAUUGACAAAAACGACUACUGCAUUCUGCACACACUGCAGCAGUUUGUAGCAGAACUGACUGAAUUCAUCGAACGCACCAGGAAGUCCUCCCCUCAGUACCACAUUUGGAUGUGCCUUGGAGAACUGUGGCCUGAUGUUCGGCCAUGGAAUAAAAAAUUCAUCAUGGUGCAGAUUGUACCUGUGUCAAUGAAGUUGCUUCAUGACAUGAGUUACAGUACGGGAGCCUCUUCUCUCCAUAGCAGUGAGAUUAACCUGGAAAUCUCGGACUCUCUCUCCAGUACAAAUGACGUGAUGGCUGUUCUACGAGAACUCCACGAGAUGAUGGACUUUGAAUAGGCUCCCAAUAUGCUGCUCGGUAACUGUGGUUUUCACCAUUGCAUAUCAUGUGGCCAAAGCCAGAAAUGGCUUUAGAAAUAAAGCCUGUAGGGUCCAUGCAGCCCUACGUGUAUCAUAUGCUGAAGGAAUGAUCACAAUAGUGACUAAUUUCAUCCAAAAUGGUUAUCCUUAUUAAUUUGUUUCCACUGGGUCCCACCAGUAGUCAUGAGGUCUGCUCCCUUCCUGCCCAGCCACCAGCUCACCUCCCAUGUAAUUUCAUUAGAUUUUCUUUGGCCAUUUAUUUUGUACCCAAAUAGUUUAUGCCACAAUUGCUAUCCAUCCCUGAAUGCCAAGGAUUAAUCCUGUUUCAGAGUUACCUUGAAUUUGUUUUCGAAAUAAACAAAUAUAAAGGUGCGGAAAGAUGAUUAUUAGUAAUAAUUUACUGUGAUCAAAAUAAAUACAACCAUUAGAAAAUGCAAUAUCUUUAAAAAUACACAGUGGAUCACUUAUAACACUUAUAUAUUGAGGGAUUCCUAAUGUGUUCCAAUAAAAACCUGUCAUUAAUAAUCACCCAUAAACACAAAAACAAUAUUAAUUGUGGGAGUAUUAGCUUUUAAAUGGUAGGGAAGCAGGUUUCUUAUGCAGAAAAAAGACAGGGAUGCAAAAAUGUAAAAACCACACACUAAAAAAAAAAAA